CAAGCGUUUUCUAUCUUCCUGUCAUCAACAAUGUUUGUUGUUCAAAGUGGUGCAGUAAAAUUUAAGCAAUUUUCACAAAGUUUUAAUAGUUUUUCACGCUUUUACAGCAUUACCAAUAGUAAGCUAGCGGUAGGAUCCUAUUUGCCACUAUGUGGCAAACAUAUUCAAAGCACAGCGGCCGCAUGGUCGCCAACAUCCAAAAGUGUUCUCUCCGGCUCAUCUUGGGUCAACAACAACAAUCACAACAUUGUGCAUACGCGAUGGAAUUCCACCGAUGAACAAUCGUCCCGGCAACGCAUUCGCAAGCGUCCGAUGUUGAUGGAUUUUCCGCCACUAGUAUGGCCCUCGGUGAUAAAAACCAUUCGGAACUGGAUUAUGGUACACUUCAUCAUCAGACCGUACUUUGACCGAGAGUUUGACCUUGCCGAUUUUGUCCAGGGAGCGAAACAAGCUGUACAGGUAGUUUCAUCGUCGCUGGCUGGUGGAGAGGUAAAACAACUGGAAGGAUUGGUUGACCGCGCUGCGCUGACUGAUCUGAAGCAGUCGAUUGCCAAAAUGUCCGUUGCUGAACGAUACGACAUACAAGUGGAGAAGGAAGAUGUGUACUUCUCGUUUCCCUACCAAGUCGGCGUAAUGUUUGACGAAUCGAACGAUGACAGCCAAAAACGGUUCGUCGAAAUAACGAUGGUGUUUCACGUGCUACGGGGUCUUAGAGGAAUGAUAGAGCGUGGUGAAACAAUCCCGUUGAACGUUGGAGUCCUCCCAGAGUUUCGAGACAAAAUAAGUGUCUGCAACUAUCGAUUUAUCAAGGAAUUUACGAAAGGCGUCGACUCAGACUGGACUGUGAACGUUGUGAACCAUUUCAAGCCGAAUGAUUACAUCGACGAAUGACCACGCACCGAGCGGUCUAUGUACAACACAAAACACCUCAGCCAGAAUUACGAUGGCAUCUAGCGCUGGGAAAUGCGUCCUGUAUGUAGAAACAAUAAAGAAGACAAAUUUGUACAUCCUUUUGGAGGGUGAUUAGUGAAGCAAA